GAGCGACUCGCUGGUCUCUAUCACAUAUUCAGUCGCCUGCAGUACAUACAACAAAAUGGCCAUGAUCGCUCUGAAGCCCGCGUCGUCGUCGGUGGCGCGUCGCCUGCAGACCUCGCAGGUGGCUGUGGCGCCUCGCGUCGCUCGCCGCUCCCUGCAAGUUCGCGCGCUUCUGGGCCCCGAUGGCAAGCCCGGCACCACCAGCGGCAAGAAGUUCAUCUCGCGUGAGCAGGAGCCGGAGCAGUACUGGAGCAGCAAGGGCGAGGCCGAGGGCGGCAACCCCAUGAAGGACCCCCUGGCCAUCAUCGGCGUCCUGGCUAUCUUCUUCCCCUUCAUCUUCCUGGGCAUUGCCGUGGCAGCCGGCUACAUUGACCUGUCCGUGUACAGGUAAACAGCUCUGCACCGGCUUGUUGGCUGGAUGUUGGUAAUCUGUAAGCCGUGGCGAGGCGGCUGCAAGUGUAUCACACAGCGGUGGAGAGGGCGGACGGCAUCCGAUGGCGCAUGGCAGCGACCGACCGAGGCUGCACAGGUGGCGCCAGGAUGCGGGGCCAGCUGCGGGCAGGUCGUCUGCUGCUUUGGACAGCAGCUAAGCGGAUGAUGGCUUGGGGCACAUUGACCGGGAGCGGACCGUUGCGGCGGUUUGAGUGAACACGCGGAAUAAGGCACGGCGACGCGGAACCGUCGCCGUGGGAUUCGGGCCGUACGAGUCGAUUGGUGGCGCAACGGCUCUUGCGUUACUGCUGAACUGCUGUUGAGUUUUGUUAGUUGGCAACAGCUCUCAGGCAGGGCCGCCGUAUAUGAUGUGAGAUCUCAGUGGCGUUGUGUGGUGUGUUGACAAAACUCAAUUUGGGUCAGCACAGACUGUGAUGCCCUGUGCGUCUAUACGGACAACUGUACGAUGUGAAUGAUUGGCACAAAUUUUCUUGAAGAGUGAGGCCCUGUUGAAUGCAUUUGUGGGCUGUAGUUACAUUUGGACCAAUCCGGACCUGGACUUGCGAGACGCGCUGUGAGAUUACAGCGUUGGCCCCGGCAACGGGGUUCACGCGGGCACGCACUCGACAUUAUGUGUAAUGCCUGCUGUUU